AUGAUGAAUCUGGGACUCAAACUACUCAACUUCACCAAUACAGUACCACUACCAAAGUCCCACUUCAAUUCCAUCUCUCUUUUCUCAGUCUCCACUGUGCCCAGAAAACCAUUCUUUGCCGGCAGGCCCUUCAUAUAUAGAAGUUUACAAGUUCUAUCAGUCAUGGAUAAUGCUGGAGGGAUACCCACAAAAGAUUUUGCAGUCGGCGUAGAUGCUUCAGCCGAAGAAGAGUAUGCUUCUGUUUCUAAGCUGCUUCAAGAAUUCACAGAUAUCCCUACCAUUGACAAAGCAUGGACUAUUAAAUCUGAGACUGAAGAUGUUUCUCGUGCUAUGUUUUUAAUCGGCCAACCAAACAUGCUGUCCAACAAGAGGCGGAAAUCAAUAUUAUCGAGUCAUAUCUUUUGGAAGAGUAACAACUCUGUGAGUUUUCACUGGGCCCCAUUUCCAGUUGAGAUGACGGGUGUGUCUACAAUGGUUCCAUCUCCAUCAGGAUCAAAGCUUCUUGUAGUUCGAAAUCCUGAAGGUGAUUCCCCAACACACUUUGAGAUAUGGGGCCCGUCUGGAGUUAACAAGGAGUUUACAAUUUCUCGCUCUAUCCAUGGAUCUGUAUAUUCAGAUGGAUGGUUUGAAGGCAUUUCAUGGGACUUGGAUGAAAAUCACAUAGCGUACGUUGCUGAGGAACCUGAACUUCCCAAACCCACAUUCAGUAAUAAUAUUGGUUACAAAAAAGAAGGCACCACCGAUAAGGACUCUGGUAGCUGGAAAGGUCAAGGCUUUUGGGAAGAGGGUUGGGGAGAAUCCUAUGCUGGUAAAAGACAGCCUGCACUUUUUGUUAUCGACGUUAACAGUGGGGAAGUACGUGCUGUCAAGGAAGUAGGAAGAGAGCUGAGCGUCGGGCAAGUUGCAUGGGCCCCAACGACCGAAGGCCAGCAGUAUCUGGUUUUUGUCGGGUGGCCAUCACAUAGUAGGAAACUGGGUAUCAAGUAUUGUUAUAACAGGCCUUGUGCUUUGUAUGCGGUCAAAGCUCCAUUUUUUGGAUUGGAGGCUAGUUUAACAGGCAGAGGCAAGGAAGCUGAAGAUUCACUCAUUAUAAAUCUAACCCCAAGCAUUAGUAGUGCAUUUUUCCCUCACUUCAGCCCAGACGGGAAAUUUCUUGUAUUUUUGUCUGCUAAAAGUUCAGUUGAUUCUUGGGCUCAUUCAGCGACAGAUUCACUUCAUAAGAUCCAGUGGCCCUCCACUGGAAAAUUGGAUGCGAGGAACUUGAAAGUUAUUGAUGUGGUAUCAGUGGUGAUGUGCCCUGAGGAUGGCUUAUUCCCAGGGCUUUAUUGCUCAAAGUUCCUUAAUAGGCCUUGGCUUUCCGAUGGAAAUACGAUGGUUUUAUCAUCUGUUUGGGGUAGCACUCAAGCGAUACUUUCAGUGAAUAUAUCUAGUGGACAAGUAUCAAGGAUUAGUCCGGACACGUCAAAGUCUUCAUGGGAUGUCCUUGCACUGGACGGUGACAAUAUUAUUGCCGUAUGCAGUAGUCCUGUUGAACUUCCCACAAUCAAGUAUGGCAGCUUGAUUGGGAAGAUAUCUGAAGAUGCAAAAUGGAGUUGGCUGGAUAUUUCGUGCCCAUUGAGCAAAUGCUUUGAAAAGACCUCGUCUUUGUUGCGGUCACUACAAUUUGAUAUCAUGAAGAUUCCAGUCAGGGACGUGUCUGAGAACUCCACAAGAGGUGCAAGCAAACCGUUUGAGGCUAUAUACGUUUCAUCAAAGUCGAAGUCUGAGAAGUCGAAGCUUGACCCAUUAAUUGUAAUCCUUCACGGAGGUCCUCAUUCCGUGUCAUUGUCAAGCUUCACAAAGCCAUCUGCUUUCCUUGCCUCACUUGGUUACAACUUGCUUAUUGUGAAUUAUAGGUAG